GGGGUCGUGUUCUAGUAGCGCGUAAUACGUUGUUGGCGUGUCGUCACGCCGUUUUUACUAAUGAUACUGAAUUGGUCACAAAGCCAAAUUCGUGUUCAAAUUAAUUAUUAGGAACUGCUGCGAUGAAUGAAGGACUUCUGAAUGGUCUGCACAUAGUGGAUAACGAAUGGCCAGCUUUAAAUGAGUUGAACAAAAACUCAGGAAGUAAUAAAAGAUUUGUUACUAGACUUAAAUCCAAACAAAAGUGGGAAGAUCUGCCCGUUCAGCUUACUUUUUCUAAAAUCCAAAGUUCGUUACCUUCAGAAAGCAACCUUCCUCCAGAAAUCGGGUAUCCUGCCUAUAAGGAUUUAAAUGAUGUGGAUAAAUUUGAGGCUCCUGAAUGCACCGAACCUAUAAAGAGUGUAAAUCUAGAUAAAAUCCGAAAGUUUCAAAGCAACUGCUCAAAUUCUCAAUGGUGUCUAUACGUCAACCCAAAUUUUGCCGGAGUGGAGCUAUGCUACUUAGUGCCUCGGCCAGGAUUUAGUAAGUGUGUUUGCUGCAUUUCAUUUUAGACCCUCGCGUAUUGUCACACUACCGACACCAUAUUUCUCAAAGCCAACCAUGUAGUUAUGAUACAAGUGAAUGUGUGGCCUGCGUAUCUGAGAGGCUUUCCAGGAUCAGAAAUCAAAUAGAAUACUACUUUGGUGAUAGGAACUUCACCCGCGACCGAUACCUCCAAGAAAAAAUGACUGUUGAUGGAUAUGUGCCUUUAGAAGUUAUAUUAAACUUUCCCAGGAUGAAGCAGUUAGAUGCUUCGAAAAACCUUAUUAUCCAAGCUUGUUGUAACAGCAGUGUUGUAGAAAUUGAUGCUGGUAGAGGACUUAUAAGACGUCAGCUAGCCGUUUCUGAAAGUUAUGGUGUGUCAGUCGAAUCCACAGUUUUCACUCAACAUGCUCCUAUUUCCACCUCGGCCACUACAAUGAGUUCCUCGACAUACACAUCUGAUGCACCUCCUUCAGAUACUGUUAGUAUGGAAGUGACAAACUCAACAUCCACCAUCGCGGGAGAAAUAAACGAUGUUGAUUGGUUGAAGGUGGAACGUCGUCAACGUAGUCGUCUCAAGACUCUGUCUUCAUCCAAUUCAAAUAUCCCUGUUACAACGACUAGUCAUCGUCAAAGGAACGAAUCUUCGUGUUCUGAGUUCAGUGAUAUUGAUGAAGAUGACCUCUUGAAUUAUCUAAUUGUUAUUGUCCCUGAAAGAGCGGGUGGACGCGCUUCUGAUCAAAGCACUCUCAGCGCGAAAGCACAUGUAUCAAAGCCAUCUCGAACAUCUGAAUCGUGGAUUGAAAAAGCUGAUUUCGAAUCCGGUCCAUUGAAUACUACACCUUGUAAUAUUACAAUUGACAAGAGUCAAACAAUACAUAGUGGAUACACAUCUUCUGAACAUGCUGCCAAUUCUUCCCGCCUUUUGGCUAAACACCCAUCUGGCGAUCGCCACCCCAAUCCAGAUCAUCAGUCUCGUGCCAAGAUUCAUGCAGAUAUGCUGCAAAGAAUUCGACUGGGACUUGAGGAUUAUGAACAAAACGUGAAGCGCGAACGUUACACCUCUAUUUGUGAACUUGGUUUUGAAGAUGAUGUUGAAGAACCGAAUAUCUCACUUUUAUCUGAUAAGUCAUCCAGUCAGUCUCUUACUCGCUUGGAAAAAAUCAAUCUUGUUUCACCAGAAGAUUUUGUCAGCCUUAAAGAAGCUGCUGCUUCCGGUUCAACCGAGCGACCAAUCUAUGUUUCUCAUGAAAAUGUCAACAUAUCAGAAGACCCACGCUUAAAUUCGGCUCGAUUAGAAAAAACCAAAACCCAGUCUGUCGAAAAUCCCUACCCAACAUUUCCUUUUUAUUUUCCUAACGUGUUACCCCCUGAACCAUCACACUUGGUUGCUAAUUCCUCAUGGAUUCCCUCAUAUCCUAUUCUACCACUUUACAAUUCUGAAGUACUUCCGUGUUCGUUAGACAUGGGGUCAUUAACACCCAGUCAAGUUGAACAGCAGUUGGAAGCAGAAAACGCGGUGGCAGCACUCGUUGCUGAAGUUUCCAGGGCUGCUGUAGCAUCCGCCUCUCAAAAAUCUGUGGUAACUGACAAACCUAAAAACAAACAUACCGCAAAGCGUCGUAUGACCGGCUUUUAUCCCGCAAAAGUAGGAUCUACUGGUACUCGAAAACGAGAUGAAUUAGACGUCGGAUUCGCGUUUGAUCUUUCUGCCCGACCUUCAGCUAGAACCACAAGAGGUCAGACCUCCAGUGCUAUUUCACAUGCUACACUUGAAGACAGUCGUAAUCGAACUCCAAAGACACUAAUAUCUAUGGCAAGCGAUGUUAGUACAUCUGGAACUACUGUGAUCAUAACUACCGAACAUGCAACUGACGAAGAUAAUAAGCCGAAUUUCGUGCCAAAUGAACCUGUGAAAACUAACCAGUCCCAGUUUUCUGUUCAUAAACAAACUCCUUAUACUUUUGGAAAUCAUAUGAGUCAAUCAUACCUUCGAGAUAGCGGCCUAGCAUCUCGUGAGUAUUUCCGAUAUCGUGCUGCUUGUCUGUUAGAUCGUGAAAAAUCGGGCGCAGGACAGUCACAAGAAAUGAACACAUUGUAUAGGUUUUGGUCAUUCUUUUUACGAGACAACUUCUUCCAUGGUAUGUACAAGGAAUUCAAACGUUUGGCUCUCGAAGAUGAAGCGUCUGGUUAUCGAUAUGGAUUGGAAUGCUUGUUUCGAUUUUACUCGUAUGGUUUGGAACGUCGUUUCAAAUGGUCUCUUUAUAAGGACUUCCAGGAACAAGCCUUGAGAGACUACAAAAAUGGACAUCUAUAUGGGUUGGAAAAAUUUUGGGCUUUCUUGCACUAUAGUGGACGCAAAGUAGAAGUCAAUCAUGCACUAAAAGAGCUACUGCAGAAGUACAGGACUAUUGAAGACUUUCGUGUCAAUUUUGAAGUUCCUGAUGGAUUUUUUGGUUAUCGCAAAAGACUUCCUUCUACAUCAGCUUCUGUGCCUUCAAAUUUAUCCUCCGAUUUUCCUAUUCAACCUACUUCUGUUUGAGUUCUAUAUUAAUUAUUAUAUUCCCACUGCAACCAGUUGAGUGACUAAUGUUCUAAUUGUUAAAGAUACCUUGUUCAUUUUGUAUUUAAUUAAUUUUCUUUCUAAACGUAUCAUUAAACAGUUUCCAGUAAUUUCAAACAACACAGUAAUCUAAUGCGACUCACUAUCAGGAAGUUUUUGAAAUUUAUUAGUAUUCCCAUGGGUUAUAUGGGAUAAAUUAAUAUUUACCCCUAACCAAUAUAUUCAGAGCAUUUUUUUCAAUAUGUGGUUUCCACUGUUUGAACUUUGUGUUUAAAUUUUUGUGUACACAUUUUUUUUUACCUAUGUGAUAAUACUACCGUACAUUCUUUAUUCUAAAACUUAUCAUGUUUUUUGAAACAAAUAAAUCCUUAAUGCGUAAAUAAUAACAGUUACAAUGUAAAAUGAUGUUAUUUUUCCUUACAAAAUGUCAGGUUAAAUUUGGCUUUUGUCUGGUAAUAAAUCGUUUAAAUACAUAGCUAUUGCACA